AUGAACGUGCUGGCCGACCGCUUGGCGCCACCGUCAGCCUUCCCCCACACCGACCCUGCCGUGCUGACGUGGGCACACCGCAAGGACCUCCUCCUCCAGCAGAUCACCAGCCUCGACCCCGACGUCGUCUGUCUUGAGGAGGUGGACCACUACGAAGAUCACUUCCGGCCGGCCAUGGCCAGCCACGGCUACGAGGGCUUCUUCAAGUCCGCCCGCUUCGAGCUGGUGGCCCACCGCGCCAUCGACUUUGAGGGCUCGCACACGCAGGUGGCCCUCAUCGUGCGCCUGCGCCUCCGCUCCGAACAGGACGGCCGCGACCUGUGCGUGGCCGCGACGCACCUCAAGGCCAAGCCGGGCUUCGAGGAGAAGCGGCUCGAGCAGGGCAUUCUCCUGCUACGCAGCGCUCUGGCCUUUAUCGGCGGCGGCGAUGGUGAUGAGGAGGAGCGCCGGCGCAUCGCCAGCGCGCCCCUGGUGGUGCUGGGCGACUUCAACGACGUGCCGUCGAGCCUGGUGUGCCGCUACUUCCGCGGCGAGCUGCCGCUGGCCGAGAUCCACGCCGCCAUACCGCCGCACCCGUUCCGCCUGGCCAGCGCCUACGCGCACCACCCGCCGCUGGCCGGCGAUGUCGAUGAGGCUGCAGCAGAGCCCUACAGCACGUACAAGAAGCGGGAGACGGAGGUGCGGCGCACGAUCGACUACAUAUGGUACCCGGCCGAGGCGAUGGUGCCGGUGGCCCUCCUGGCCGUGCCGGCGGUGAGCGACCUGCCCGACCGGCUGCCCUGUCGAAACCACCCGUCGGACCACCUGGCCCUCUACGCUGAACUCGCCUGGCGCGAGUGA